AUGACAGAAGGAGAAUUUGCGGUAGCGGUGAUAUCGGAACCGUACAAGAUACCGUUAAAUCACCCACACUGGACCGGAAAUGCCGACAAAUCGGUCACAAUAACAUGGAGGCGUACUCACAACCCAAUGCCAUGUACACCGCUAAAAAGUGGCAAGCACUAUGCUUCGAUAAGGUGGGGCGAUAUGAUCCCGUUUGGUACAUAUCUUCCCCCUAGUCUGGAUGUGAGACAAUUCGAGGAAGCACUCGAAGAAAUGGAGGAAGAGAUCUUACAAAUGGAUAACUCUCCGUUAUACGUUAUGGGAGACUUCAACUCCAAAGCUGCCCUGUGGCAAUCAAAGACCACAGACGUACGCGGCAAGAUUGUUGUAGAAUGGGCAAGCCGCCCAGGGAUAUGCUGCCUCAACCAUGGAGGAAGAAGCACAUGCGUUAGACAUACAGGGGAAUCGAUAGUCGAUCUUUCAUUUGCUUCUCCAGUAGCAGCCAGAAGAGUGGUAUCAUGGAAAGUCUCAGAUCGAGAGAGCAAAACAGAUCACAGAUACAUCGAGAUCAAGAUCAGUAACACCAGGAUGCAAAGAACGAAAGAGCGUCUUCCGCAACCCAAGAGAUGGGCAGUCAAACAAAUGAACAAAGAUAUGUUAUCAGCAGCUAUAAUAGCCAGAUGCUGGCCUAAACAUAUCAUGGCUGAGGAACUACUAGGAGAGGAGAUCGAAGAGACGGCUAAAAGACUCCAAGGAACUAUGAUAGAUGCCUGCAACAUAGCCAUGCCGAAAUCUGGAACCAGAAUGCGAAAAGCCAUGCCGUGGUGGUCCGCAGAACUAGACCUACUGAGGGCAGAUCUUUCCACAGCUCGAAGGAGAUUAAGAAGACUGAGAAGAAGAAGCAACUAG